AGGUUCGGAACUAGGCUCGGACUCACCAGCUUUCUACCACAACAUUUCACAGUCGUAACUUGUUACUUCUUCUUGUUCUUCCAUCUUCGUGACAUCAUCAUCAUCAUCAAUUUUCUCUCUCCUCUUUUUUUGCUUCACUCUUUUACUUGAUCGUCUUCAACAAUUUUUCAUCAUCAAUUUUCAAAUUUGAAAGGUCAACAAGAUAUUUAGGUGUACAUGGGGUUUUCAUAUUCUCUCCAAAAAUUCUUAGCUCCAUUUGAAGCUUUUUAGAAAUAUUGUUGCUGCAAUGGGUGGGGUUUGUUCGAGGAAGAGGGGUAACCAGGUCAAUGAAGACGGUGUGCGCAUAGGGGUCAAUAGAAGAUACAGUAAAAAUGGGAGUUCAAAAUGGUUACUGGGCACCCCAUUCUUUAGGACAACAUCAGGAUGUCAGCCAGAGGGUGUCAAUUGCCCGUCUUUGAUGGAGCUAUGCGUUCAUAAAGCCUGUCAGGAUAUUGAUAAAUACAAGUCAUUCUCAGUGCUUCCAAGAGAUAUAAGUCAGCAAAUAUUUGAUGAAUUAGUCCGCUCACAUCGCUUAACUGAUGUUUCACUUGAAGCUUUCCGUGACUGUGCUCUCGAGGAUAUUUGCUUGGGAGACUAUCCUGGAGUUGAUGACAGUUGGAUUGACGUUGUCUCUUCUCAAGGCUCCUCUUUACUCUCUGUUGAUCUUUCUGGUUCCGAUGUGACAGAUUCUGGGUUGGCUCUCCUGAAAAGUUGCUCCAAUCUUCAAGCUUUGGCUUUCAAUUACUGUGAUCAUAUUUCAGCAAAUGGCCUGAGGCAUUUCAGUGGGCUUUCAAACCUUUCUUCUUUGAGUUUAAGGAGAAGUUAUGCUGUGACCGUUGAAGGAAUGCGUGCCUUCUCCAGCUUAGUCAACUUGCUUGAAUUGGAUCUUGAGAGAUGUUCUGGGAUUCAUGGCGGUUUUGUUUAUCUUAAAGGUCUCAAGAAGCUCAAGUCUCUUAACAUUAGGUAUUGUAAAUGCGUUACAGACUCAGAUAUGGAGGCAAUUUCAGAAUUUACAAACUUGAGGGAGCUGCAAGUUUCUUGCAGCAGUAUCACUGAUGCUGGCGUUUCUUAUUUGAAAGGAUUGCAAAAUCUUAUAUUGUUGAACCUGGAAGGUUGCCAGCUUAGUGCUGCAUGUUUGGACUCCAUUUCAGCUCUUGUAGCUUUGUCAUACUUGAACCUUAGCAGAUGCGGUCUGUCUGAUCAUGGUUUUGACAAGCUCUCAGGACUUAAGAACUUGAAGGUGUUCAAUCUGGCCUUCAACAAUAUAACAGAUGCAUGUUUGGUUCAUCUCAAAGGUUUAUCAAAUUUGGAAACCUUGAACUUAGACUCCUGUAGGAUUGGUGAUGAAGGACUUGCUAACCUGACAGGACUUUUGCUGCUGAAACAUUUGGAGUUAUCAGAUACUGAAGUUGGAAGCAAUGGGCUGCGGUAUCUGAGUGGUCUGGUGAAUCUUGAGAGCAUAAAUUUGUCAUUUACCUUGGUUACUGAUGCUGGUCUGAAGAAGCUGUCGGGUUUAAGUUCUCUGAAAUCACUAAACCUUGAUGCUCGCCAAAUCACUGAUGUUGGGUUAGCUGCUCUGACAAGUCUGGAAGGCUUGACUCAUUUAGAUCUUUUUGGGGCACGAAUUACAGACUCAGGGACUCAAUAUUUGCGCUGCUUCAAGAACCUCCUGUCACUUGAAAUAUGUGGUGGAGGCUUGACGGAUGCUGGUAUGAAGAACAUUAAAGAUCUUACUUCUCUUACGCUGCUCAAUUUGUCUCAAAACUGCAGCCUCACUGACAAGGCUCUGGAAAUGGUUUCUGGAUUAACAUCAUUGGUAUCUUUGAACGUCUCAAAUUCUCGUAUAACUAAUGAUGGCCUGCAACACUUGAAGCCUUUGAAGAACUUGCGUUCGUUGACACUAGAGUCAUGCAAGGUAACUGCAUCUGAGAUAAGGAAGCUGCAGUCCUCCGCCCUUCCUAAUCUGGUCAGCUUUCGUCCUGAAUAAGAUCAGCUGCAACUGUAAAUAGUCCAUUUCUGUCGUCUUUUCUGGCAUUGUACAUAUAAUGGGGGGAAAUAAAUACACUUUUAAAUUAAGAUUAAAAUUAAGAAAUGGAGUGCGAUCUUGAAAAGUAACUUUGAUGGAUCAUUGUAAAUAGCUUCGAUUUUCUGCACUAGUGAAUUUAUAGCCAUGCAUCUGAACUCUGUAUAUAAUGCUUUCACUACACAAAUGGAAGUUGUAUCUUUUUAACUAUUGUAUAAAACUAUGUGUUUAUUGAAGUUUAAGGUUUCGAUCUUCAGUUGA